GGAGGAGGAGGAGGCGGCGAGAAGAUGGCGACUUCGAACAAUCCGCGGAAAUUCAGCGAGAAGAUCGCCCUGCACAACCAGAAGCAAGCGGAGGAGACGGCGGCUUUCGAGGAGGUCAUGAAGGACCUGAGCCUGACACGGGCCGCGCGGCUCCAGCUCCAAAAGUCCCAGUACCUGCAGCUGGGCCCAAGCCGUGGCCAGUACUAUGGCGGGUCCCUGCCCAACGUGAACCAGAUUGGGAGCGGCGCCGUGGAUCUGCCCUUCCAGCCCAGCGGAUAUCUGGGGGAGGCUCUGGCAGCGGCUCCUGUCUCUCUGACACCCUUCCAGUCCUCAGGCCUGGACACCAGCCGAACUACCCGGCACCAUGGGCUAGUGGACAGAGUGUACCGGGAGCGUGGCCGUCUUGGCUCCCCACAUCGCCGGCCCCUGUCAGUGGACAAACAUGGAAGGCAGGCGGACAGCUGCCCAUAUGGCACCGUGUACCUCUCGCCACCUGCGGACACCAGCUGGAGAAGGACCAAUUCUGACUCUGCCCUGCACCAGAGCACAAUGACGCCCACCCAGCCAGAGCCUUUUACGGGUGGGUCCCAGGACGCGCACCAGAAAAAAGUCUUACUAUUAACAGUCCCUGGAAUGGAGGAGACCACAUCAGAGAUGGACAAGAACCUUUCCAAGCAAGCAUGGGACACCAAGAAGACGGGGUCCCGGCCCAAGUCCUGCGAGGUCCCUGGAAUCAACAUCUUUCCAUCCGCCGACCAGGAAAACACUACAGCCCUGAUCCCUGCCACCCACAACACGGGGGGCUCCCUGCCUGACCUGACCAACAUCCACUUCCCCUCCCCCCUCCCGACCCCGCUGGACCCCGAGGAGCCCACCUUCCCCGCGCUGAGCAGCUCCAGCAGCACCGGCAACCUCGCAGCCAACCUGACACACCUGGGCAUCGGAGGUGCCGGCCAGGGGAUGAGCACGCCUGGCUCCUCGCCGCAGCACCGCCCGGCCGGCGUCAGCCCGCUGUCCCUGAGCACGGAAGCAAGGCGGCAGCAGGCCCAGCAGGUGUCGCCCACUCUCUCCCCACUGUCACCCAUCACUCAGGCCGUGGCCAUGGAUGCCCUGUCUCUGGAGCAGCAGCUGCCCUACGCCUUCUUCACCCAGGCGGGCUCCCAGCAGCCGCCGCCUCAGCCUCAGCCCCCGCCACCGCCACCGCCUGCGUCCCAGCAGCAGCCGCCCCCGCCGCCCCCGCAGGGGCCUGUCGGCCUCCCCCAGGGCGGCUCCCUGAUGCCAAGCGCCAGCCUGACUCGGGGGCCCCCGCUGCCCCCGCUUGCGGUCACUGUACCGUCCUCUCUCCCUCAGUCCCCCCCAGAGAACUCGGGCCAGCCGCCGAUGGGGAUCGACAGUGCCUCGGCGCCGGCUCUGCAGCAGUACCGUACUAGCGCUGGCUCCCCAGCCAACCAGUCUCCCACCUCACCCGUCUCCAAUCAAGGCUUCUCCCCCGGGAGCUCCCCGCAACACUCUUCCACCCUGGGCAGCGUGUUUGGGGACUCAUACUAUGAGCAGCAGAUGGCGGCCAGGCAGGCCAACGCUCUGUCCCACCAGCUGGAGCAGUUCAACAUGAUAGAGAAUGCCAUCAGCUCCAGCAGCCUGUACAGCCCGGGCUCGACACUCAACUACUCACAGGCGGCCCUGAUGGGCCUCACGGGCAGCCCCGGGAGCCUGCCGGACACACAGCAGCUCAGCUUCCCCAGCCACAGCAGCAUCCCCAAUAUCAUCCUCACAGUGACAGGAGAGUCCCCUCCCAGCCUCUCUAAAGAACUGACCAGCACGCUGGCCGGGGUCGGUGACGUCAGCUUCGAUUCUGACAACCAGUUCCCCUUGGACGAACUCAAGAUUGACCCCCUGACCCUGGACGGACUGCACAUGCUCAAUGACCCAGACAUGGUCCUGGCCGACCCGGCCACCGAGGACACCUUCCGGAUGGACCGUCUGUGAGCCGCACGCCCGGCACACGGCCGCCCAGCCCCCGGCUCCGUCACCCCACCGGUCAGUGGUCCCCACGGCGUCUCCCCAAGCCUGGGGACAGCGGCGCUCCGUCCCUCGCAAACGGCCGAGCUUGUGAUUCUGAGCUUGCAAUGCCGCCAAGCGCCCCAGCCCACCCGCCCGCCCACCCCGGUCGUCCACCUCCCGCGUGAGGCCGCGUGUCGUCGCCCCCGCGGACCCUCCCUCCCUGCUCUCUCGUCCCCCUGUAAGAUGCAGAAAGCGUGCUGGGCAGGGCCGCCGGCCUCGGGGGGGCGCCGUGCUCUGCGACGGUGGUGGGAUGAGGUGCAUCUUGCGACUGUUGUCCAGCUCUCACUGCCUUCCUUUGUCCCCGGUACCCCCACCCGCCCGCGCCCCCAGUCCUUGGUUAGGUAGCGAGCCAGCCCCACCCCGCCAAAAGGAGAAGGCGCCGGGGGCAGGGGGCGGGCAGACAUGAAGUGGAAAUAAACACUAUUUGGACUGCCGUCUUUUAUAUUUCUGAGCACACACAGAACACUAGAUUCCAUCCCACGGAGGUGGGAUGCGAACAUGUGAACGGAGCAUGCGAAGCAGCUACAUCUCCCCCGGGGCCCAGUAGGGAAACCCACGCCCCCACCUCGCCACCCCCAGCUGGGCCCCUCGGUGGCCACCUUGGCUGUGAAAUCCCCACUCAGGCCUGUCGGGGAUGCACGUGGAGGCGGGGAUUAUUUCUAGGGGGUUUUGCGACUUGUUUCCAUCUUUCUUUCUCUGU